AGGUUGUGACUGCUUUAGGACAUACUUGGCAUCCCGAGCACUUUGCCUGUGCCCACUGCCACACACUGAUUGGCAGCACUAACUUCUUUGAGAAGGACGGCCACCCAUAUUGUGAACGAGAUUAUUUUGCAUUACAUGCUCCACGAUGCGCAAUGUGUGACUCGCCCAUCAUGAAGGUAACCAUGUUUUGUGUAUGGAAAAAACAUCAGUCUGUACUCUCCCUUACAGCAGUAUUACUCUCCUUUCAUUUCUUUAUAUUCUUUAAUCUUAUCCACUCCUUGUUCAUUGUAUACCCAAUUAAAAUCCUCUUGUACCUCCACUGUGAGUGCAGGUUUACCAUGAUGUCCAUUCUUUUCAUUAUUCCUGGUACCUAGAAUCACCUUUCACUAGCAGGCAGUAAUUAAUUUAAACAUGCACCUCACUAAAAGUGAAGUUAGUAUAUGGACUCUCCUUCCAGUAGAAAUGGCAGAAGUUAACAGUACAGAAAUUAAAAUAAUCUUGGGCUAAUGGGAUCAUAAACAAGAUGUCCAUCGUUAUAAUUACUAUAAAAUAUAUAUUAAACAAAUUUGCUAACGUUCUUAAUCCAACAGGUUCGGAGUCACAUUCCAUGAGCUGUGUGGCUUUCUAGUUAAAUCAAAGCACCCUUUCUUCAUUUCUAUUACAUCUUCCUUCACAUAAUCUUCCCUCUUUAUUCCUGCUUUUCCAGAAUAUGGUUACGGCACUUGGUCUCACUUGGCAUCCAGAGCAUUUUUGUUGCAAAAUAUGCAGAAAACAAAUUGGUGAAGAAGGUAAGUAGCAUAUCUGCCUCGGACACACAGUCUCUCUGUCCCCUCUUACUCUAGUUAAUCUAUGUGACAUAUCCUGGAUAAGCCCUCUAUAGAAAAUCAGAUUAAAUAUACGAAUAAGCCGACUCUAUCUCCCAAUGAACAAUGGACUAACUCUAAACAGAUUAUUCUACGAGCAGUAUAACUCUCUCCAGAAAUACCUCCUUUUAUAUCAUCUUAAUAACCCAGACUGCUCUUUAUCUGAUCUUUUGCUUGAUGACCCAGUCCUUGCCAGGGUGGUAGUAAGUAGAGAUUUUUUUUUCAUGGGGGUUUCAAGGGGACUGUGGACCUUUAGUCAACCAAAUGGAAAGAGGGGAGGAGCUGUUAUCAUUUGUUGGAUGGACAAUAGCAUGUCUACCCCCACACCUGUUUAAUUAAUUAGAGCUGCCAGCUGGCAAAUAGAUCUUAAAAUAUCAUUGGCUUGAGCAAUCUACUGGAUGCAUGCAAGCUGAAUUUUAGUAAUAUGGGUGCUUUGUGAAUCUUCCAAAUCCUACGCUUCUUUUAGUAUUCGGAUAUGAAAGCUCAGAUUUUAAUCCACAAACCGAAUGCAUGUGGGCGAUUUCUGCAGAUAUGCUUGGGGAGACCGAAUUCAGACUAUAUUUGAUUUUAGCAAAUAUGAGCAUUGCCAUUUCUAUCGGAAUUCAAUCAUUUUCACAGGAUCCUAUGUCUAGUGAACAACCCCGUAUGUGUUUAUAUUCAAAAAAGCAGAGUUUGGAAUAGGAGAAGAGUAGGUCAGGAAGAGAGUCCAGUUAAUCAGUGGUAUAUGAAACAAAUACAAAAAAUAGAUAACCACGUCUAGAACACAAUAAUGCCCAUAAGUGGAGUCACAUAUAGAUCAUAUAUACGUACUAUUUUUUAUGGGAUCUUUGGCUGUUAUACAGUGUAUGAUAUCUCAAAAAGAAAGGAGAAAAAAAAGAGAGAUAAUAAUAGUGCAGUAUGUCUUUAACACGGUGAAAUAGAGUGCUAUAACAAAAAUUAACUCACAAUUUACAGAGCUACAAAGAGCUCUGCUAUAUUGGGUGUAGAUGGUACAAUCCCUGUCACAGGUUAUAUUUUCAGCUGCAGACUUUGGCAGUGUCUUGGAUAUGUGGAAACAAAAAUAGGGAUAUCCAGUAGUGCAAUAUGUAUAUCAAAGUGACUGUGCAUAUACAAAAGGAUAGGUGUCUUAUUCACAUGAACUAGACCAUGGAUUUGCUCUAGUAUAUAGCACAAUGGUGGUGGUAUAAUCCAAAUGGAGACAGAGACAAGACAGAGCCACACUUGACACUUCUGAUGAAACCUCCAGGGUGAAAUCAGUAAAGUGUCGUUCUGGCUUCCAUUUGGAUUGCUUUUGAUUCUAUACAUAUUUUUUUAUUCUUUAUUUUUGUUGUGUAUGCAUUAUGCAUUAACAACAUGCUUGGAUAGCCACAACAGCUAUAACAAGCUCAGUAGCAAUAGAGUAUAACAAAAACAUGGCAUAUUGAGUAACGACACAAUAUUUAAAAAUAGUAAAGAUUAUUCGCAGAAUAUAACAACGUAGGGUUAGUGUUUAUGUGUGAAAAGAGUGGUUUCUGAUACGGUCGUAGAGUUAGGUUUGGCAUAUGUGCUUGUGGUCUGGGUGCCUGGUCCAGCUAGGGUUAACCCAUUUUUUUUUUAUAAACAUUGUUUCAGAGAAACUGCUAUGUUUAUAAAUAGGUUAAUCCAACCUAAAAAAGCCUCUAGUGGCUGUCUCAUUGACAGCCGCUAGAGGCGUUUGCGUGCUUCUCACUGUGAAAAUCACAGCGAAAAGAAGCAAGUAUCCAUAGGAAAGCAUUAUGAAUGCUGGCUGAAUGCGCGCGCAGCUCCUGCCGCGCAUGCGCAUUCAGCCGAAGAGGAGAAGAGGCGGAGAGGAGGAGGAGAGCUCCCCGCCCGGCGCUGGACAAAGGUAAGAUUUUAACCCCUUCCUCUCUGUAACGGAGCUCCCUGUACUCCGACCGAGUACCCUCCGUUGACAGAUGCUCCUAGCGCUUCCUGAGGACUCCAAGCACUGCAGCAGACACUGCAACCACCGCAGACUCCGCAACUGCCGGAUCUUGACUGGAGUCUUGCCGUCUUCCUUCCACCCUGGAUCAGCUUCUGUCCUCCAGGACUGUGUGGUGAAGACCCCUCCUCCAAGGAGAGCACGUCAGGAACAAGCUCUUAAAAGAGCUAAGUGACUCAAGCUCAGGGGAGCAUGCAGAGCAUAGAAAUCCCCAGUGUGAUUAUAACAGCUCCCUCCAAUAACGAGACAAGGCUACGUAUAGAGGGAUCAAGAAGAACUGUCAAAACCUUUAUUUCCCUUGGGACCAGCCAAUCGGGUCACCACAAUAACAUUGUUGUGAAACCUCAAUAAAAUCACAAACAGUCAAACCAUAUCAAACAACACACAGUGACUUAUCACAACACAAUGGCACAUUUUUAAAGGGGUGGGGGGAGACAAUAUUUAACAGUAAAUAUCUCACCUGCCUGCAGAAUUAGCAAUAUGCAAAUCUACCCGAAUAUGCAAAUGAACCAGUCUUGCAAUUCAGGUAGUGCAUAUUGCUGUUGCUACCAACAGAGGGCACUAGACAAGCUCCAUAGCCAAACCCACCUAGUUGGUAGCAAACCUCAGCAAUACAAGAGAGCAGGCAAUACAUUACACAGUACACACACACACUAUAAACAAUUACAUUACACACACCCUGCACCUAUAAUGGGUACAGGGUGACUAAAACAUAAGAUAAAUAAAGCAGCCUACAUAAAUAGUCUGUCUGAAGGUAGACUAGGGGCUUUAAAGCCAGAUACAUAAAAGAGUCAUAGUCACAGGGGAGGAGGCUGGCAAGUAGGCCUCUCCAGGACCAAGUGGCGAAGGGCACUUCGUCACAUAUCUCCCCUUCGGGGGGAAGACUAACCAGGCACCUGACUUUCUGUCGGUCAGUGCCUAAGUUAGUCGAGUCACCCACCGACCAUAAGCAAGUGCCAGAGUAGCCCACCCACAACAAACAGUUAUUAGAGCAGCCCACCCACAGCAAACAGUGACUGCACCUGGGUAUUCCUCUGGGGUGAUGGGGCAACACGCUGUGGGGACUUGAGGGGCAGAGGCCAGCGGCGCUCUGCCCUGAUGCCAGCGCUUCUGCUGGGAGGAGGGGGGUGCAGGCCAGUCCUGUGACAAGGGGAUCGGUAGGGCAGAGGCCAGCGGCGGUCUGCCCUGAUGCCAGCUCUUCUGCUGGUAUAGCCUGCAGGACAUCAGGCUCUGGACAAGGGACAAAGGGAGGGCAGAGGCCGACUGCACUCUGCCCAGCUGCCAGCUCUUCCGCUGGGGGGCUUGGGACAUAGUCCGGCUCAGUAGCCAGGGGAACGUGGGGGUCAGUGGGGGUUAACAUCUCCCCUGUUAACCCUGGGGCCAAGUUAGGAGUUAGCUGGGGAGGGGAAUUCGUACUUACCCCCUCCUCCUGUUGUCCCUGUGAGGGUAGUUGGGGAUCUGGACAGGCUGUCCAGCAUCCCUGUAGGUCGGGCACAGAGACCACGGUCCCCUCUGCGCCAUCUGGGAGAUUGGUGUCUCCCCUUGGUAGGGUAAGCUGCCGCUGGGGAGAUAGGGUGCUGUGCUCCUCUCCCUGAAACACAGGCUGCCGCUGGAGAGGGAGACCGCCUGUCUCCACUCCCAUAACAUUGUCCUGCUGCUGGAGAGAGAGACCAACUGUCUCUGCUCCCUGUAGGACACACUGCUGCUAGGGAGGAAGGACGACACCUUCGGCUCCCUGUAACUUGCACUGCCGCUGGGGAGGAAGGACGACACCUUCGGCUCCCUGUAAUUUGCACUGCCGCUGGGGAGAGAGACCAACUGUCUCUGCUCCCUGUAGGACACACUGCCGCUGGGGGGGAAGGACGACACGUUCGGCCCCCUGGAAUUCGCACUGCCGCUGGGGAGUUAGGACGACACCUUCGGCUCCCUGUAACUUGCACUGCCGCUGGGGAGGAAGGACGACACCUUCGGCUCCCUGUAACUUGCACUGCCGCUGGGGAGGAAGGACGACACCUUUGGCUCCCUGUAACUUGCACUGCCACUGAGACUAGGUGUCCAUAUCCUCAACCUCCACAGUUGUCGCUCAAAGGCCAUUGCCGCACUGUUCUCAGCACUCAACUGGCGCAUUACUUGGUGGACCACCUCGUUCGAAAGGUCGGGGCCAUAGCAGACUCUUUACCUCCUCAAUGUAAGCGUCGUCCUCGUAGCGACGUAUCAUGUUGAGGUGCUCUUCGCAGGGCUCUAUCCAUCCCUGCUCCAUGCUGCUGUAGUUAGGGACGCUGCACAGUGGCUAGCGUUGCCCUCAAUAACCUCUCAUACGAUACCAGUGUCUCCGAGCUGCUUCUCCUCGCACUAGGACGCCAUCCCACCGCUGCCACCAAUGUAACGGAGCUCCCUGUACUCCGACCGAGUACCCUCCGUUUGACGGAUGCUCCUAGCGCUUCCUGAGGACUCCAAGCACUGCAGCCUCUCCAGGACCAAGUGGCGAAGGGCACUUCGUCACACUCUCCACAGAGCCUGGCGGGAGGGGGACCCUGAGGGUGGGGGCACCCUCAGGGCACUAUAGUGCCAGGAAAACUAGUAUGUUUUCCUGGCACUAUAGUGGUCCUUUAACAGAGGAUAUCGACGUGUAGCCUGGUGUGGUAUUUGAGCAGCUCCUUGUCAGUGACCACAUUGUGAGGUAGUCGGAGUGGAGCUGGGGGGGAGUAGGUAGUGAAAGGAUCCAGCGUGUCCGAGUUAUGCCCAGUGUCGGCAGAAGGGGACCGCCCUGUAACGCUCCUGCUGUGUGCGUGCAGGAAACUCUGGGUUAUACAGCCCUAGAGGCCUAUGCAUGGAAGACAACAUAUAAUGUAAAAUAGUUUGGAUAGAAAGGAGAACAAGGGUGAAAAAAAAAAAAAACAAACGGCAAAAUAAAAACAGCAGUCCUGGUUCAGGUGGUCUCCAUUCCUGGUGCGCCCCUGGAGGCUGGAACAAACGGGACAAUAUUGGUUGGAUCCCAAGUAGUAGUGGUCGAGGAGGUUAUGAGACCCGUAGCUGCCAGGACAGUGUCCAUCUCUGCGAUGUCUGUCGCUUUAUAUUCCUAGCCCUGGUGUUGCAUGAGGAGUACGUGCGAUGGUCCCCGACGGUAUGUCACUCCUUUGGCUGUUAGUGUCGCUGUAAGUGGUCGAAGAGACUUUCGCCAUUGCAGGGUUGUGCAUGAAAGAUCAGAGUAGAACGUUAAGUCCAUGUCUUCGAAGCGGUAGGGAUUCUUCCCCUUGAUGGCACCCAUAAAAGCAGCCUUAUCAUGCCCGUUUUGAAAUUUGACCAGGAGUUGCAGAGCUUGUGAGUUGUGGUGGUUUGGGCAGGCGGAACAUGCCAUCCAGCUGUAUCCCUUAGCUUGCUAUGGGGACAGGAGGGCCGCAAAUAGCCUUCUCAGUAGGUGGGGAAGUUCAGCUGGGGAUACAGCUUCGGAGAGGCCUCUUAUUUUGAUGUGGUUCCAUCUUCUCUUGUCCUCCAUAGCUGCUAGUUGGUGGGUGAUUGUAGUGUGAGCUGAGGAAAGGUCUUGGACCUUAUUCUGGAGCUCUGUCAAUUGUGCUGCCUGUGUCUCAGUGGUUUGCUCCACUGCUGAGAGGCGAUCAGUGAACCCCUUGACAUUCUCCCUUAACUGGGAGAUCUCCAUGAAGAGUGACUGGCAAAGGUCGGACAGGAGAGAGGUAAGUAUCUCCGUAGUUACUGGGAGACCCGCCAUCGGUUGGGUGGGUUUGGAGGGCCCUUUAUAGACCAAUGUCUCAGGGCAGUGAAGGGACAUGUCAUCCGAGCUCUCUGAGUACUCUUCGAAGCCAUGUUGGGUCCCGUCGCGCCAAGCGGCCUCUUCAACAGGUUGCCUAUAUCUUCUGUGUACCGUGGGCAAUUUGGACACAGCUUUUUUGUUCUCCUCCCCGACUGCCAAGUGAUGGGGUGAUUUAUGAGGCUGAUUUUGGGCCUUUUAGGGCUGCCGUAGGUGUGCGACUGUUCAUGCCGAGAGCUGGAUCCGCCCUCUAUAUUUUAUAUAUAUAUAUAUAUAUAUAUAUUCUGUUUACCAUAAUAAAAUGAAUCCUUUUAAAUAUAAAUUUAAUUUAUUUUGAAUUAUUUUUUUUAAUUUUUUUCUUGGCUUCCUGAAUCACAUAUAUCCCAGGUGGGGAUUAUACCACCGCUGCGCUAAAUACUAUAGCAAAUCCAUGGUCUAGUUCAUGUGAGUAAGAUACCAAUCCUUUUGUAAAUGCACAGUCACUUUGAUAUACAUAUUGCACUACUGGAUAGCCCUAUUUUUGUUUCCACAUAUCCAAGACACUGCCAAAGUCUGCAGCUGAAAAUAUAUCCUGUAACAGGGAUUGUACCAUCUAUGCCCAAUACAGCAGAGCUCUUUGUAGCUCUGUAAAUUGUGAGUUAAUUUUUGUUACUGUGUUAAAGACAUACUGCGCUAUUAUUUAUUUAUUUUAUUUUUUAUUUUAUUUUUUUGUAAUUCUUUAUUUUGAUUGUGCACAGGAUGAACAAACAGCCGGCGUGCGCCACAACAGCGACAUCCCGUAGAAUAGGUGAACAUUGGUAUUACAUGUCAUGGCAUUCGAUGUACAGGCACAUUUUUAUAAUAUUAAUAUGAUCUCUAGUACAGUAGUUUAGGUUCACGUUUGGUGUUGAAUAUGUUAGCAUAAUGCACAUGUCAUGGAGAAAUAGGUAGAGGAGAGACAUAGGAGGAGAGCAUGGCUUGUACAGAGAACGUACAUAUAAGAUUAUUCUGCUAUGCUCCUGCUAGGCUGAUUGACGUGGUGGUGUUACAUCUUGCUUGUCUGCCUAUGCGGUAGCACAUUUCUAUGAUUGUAUAGGCUUAAUCAGUGUAGACUAUGCUUGCUAAAUAGGGGUCAGUUGGCAAAUUGAUAUCAUACAGGCAUCUAAAACACCUUACGUGGGCAACAGGCCUAAAACAAACAUAAAAACAUUAGGUAUGCCCUGGGGACCUGUUAGGUAUCAGAGGAAAACAUGCUUAUAGUGUGGGGACACCCGCAAUCCCAGCGUCAGGCAGCUGCGUACUAAUGCAUAUUGUAGGUAUAUAGGGCAUUUAGCACCCUCAGUGAGGGCAAGGAUGUGAUUUAGUCAUUCCCAUUCAGAGUCCGCAAUAUGGAGGAAGAAAGCUGGGAAGUCCCCUUAUGGCAAAAAGUUCGCCUCAGCCCAUACCCUCUAGCCGUUUGGUGUCAUCCUGUUGCGGUCUGGCUGGCAAAUGUCGCAGUGCUGCCUUGGAGAUGUGGAGUGGUGUUGUGCACUUUGCUGCCGCCGUCCGGGGAUGCCCCAGGGAUUAGCUGCUGGGUCUGAUUAGUUGCUUCUGUGUCGGCUGGCAGCUUCUCCCACCUCUUUGCUGAGUGUGCUCCCAGGGACCACGGUAACCUUUGUCAGGUUGAUGUUGAUGUGGUGUGUUGCUGUGUUCCCAGCGUUUAGGCUGCCACUAGCAGGUAUGUAGGGCCUGCCUCGGAUUUGCAGGGAUUGUAUCCCUCCUGUGGCUGAAGGUGCUAGGCAAGUGGGCAGUUCCAUGGCUCCCACCAUUUUAUUUUCGCUUGUGUCUUGAGCUGCAUUUUGGCAGUACGUUGGGGCUUGAAGAUCUCUGUUGCGAUGGGGGACGCAGGGUGUAGGCCAGGAACACCCCCGCCGGCCCAGAGGGGGGGUGAACAGGGCCCGGUGUGCUCAGCUGAGGGAGUCUGGCUGGAUGCCAUUGGGCAGGAUAGCGGGGCAGCGGCCGUCCGCCCGCUCACCGCCUGAGUAGGCCUCAUCCCGAGAGGAUGAUGUACAACUCUCCGAGGGACUAAAACUUUUAUAGCAAACCUCUCCCCGGGUCCAGUGCUUCCUCAUGUGUCAGCUCGCCGCUUUAGGUCGUCUAGCGGGUUCAGAUGUUUCUUUUUCUAAGCUUAAAAGUCGGGUAAUUGUAGGAGCUGUUUUUCCCUGCGGCCAGCCUGCAUGGCGGUCAGGCCCCGCCCAUACUGCACUAUUAUUGUCUCUCUUUUUCCUCCUUUCUUUUUGAUAUAUAAUACACUGUAUAAUAGCCAAAGAUCCCAUAAAAAAUAGUACGUAUAUAUGAUCUAUAUGUGACUUAUGGGCAUUAUUGUGUUCUAGGUGCGGUUACCUAUUUUUUGUAUUUGUUUCCUAUCUUGAUUCCUACAAAGUUUUAGGGAAACCUUUUAAGAUUGACUGCCGCAAUUAAAUUAUAUAGUGAGCAUCUAAUUUCUGUGUUUUUCUACUCAGUGGUAUAUGUAUACGCAUUUUUUUUUCUUUUUGAUAUUGGUCAUUUUUGCCAGGUCAUUGACCUUGUAUGUAAUUUAUACGUUUAUUUCAAUACAAGGUCCAAUGUGAAAUAAAUAAAUAGACAAAAAAAAAUCACUGAUUGUGGUGGUGACCUUUAUAAUGCAAUAUAAAUUACUACACCAGGGUAUAAUAAAAUCACUUUACACAUAUGUAGAAAGAAUAAAUCAAAAUAUAUAAAAAAAAUAAGAAAGAUUAUAAAAUUACAAAUAGAAAAUCAAACCUUAUUGUAAAAAGACAUCACAUAAGUUUAUGUAAUUCAAAAUCUAUAUUAAAACCGUGGUUCGAUGUCUUAGAUUCUCAAAAUUCCUCCUAAUGUUACCUCUAUGAUUAGCAAUUCUAGUUUUAAUGCUCUGGUACCUGCUUGGGCAAGUAAGCAUAUAAAUAUUUUUUUUGCAUUGCGAGUAAUUAGCGACUUCACUCACUAAAUUGAGAAUUGUCAUGAAAUCAAAGUAAUUUGACAUUGAAUGCUUAAAUAGCUUAAUUUAAAAAAAUUCCACAAGUCAGCUAUACUUCGUUUGACCACCAUGGCCUUUAAUUCAAAAUUCCCUCUGAAUUCCCGAUCAUUGUCAUUUUAAUGAAUUUCCUGCUAAACUUCCUGUUGUAAGCAUCAGAGGUGUCGUUUUUACAUUUCUGUGGGUUCAUUUUAGUAAUCUUACAUGCCACACUAUCCCCACAUCUAGAGAAAAACCUAGCUGAUAAAUUAUUUUUCCUAAUAUUGUUUUAAAAGUUUAAUUGUGUAAUUUUUUUUAUAAUUUUGGAUAUUUUAAUAUUUUGAAAAAAACUUUUUUUAUUAAUACUGUAAAGUCUUCUUGAAAAUAAUAGAGACCAAAUAUGUGAAAAUAUAUUUCCAUGUAUUUCAUGACCAUUUGCAGUAAUUACUAUUAAAGACCGAAUUUAGUUUUAUAUCUCACUGGGAAGUAAAGUAAAGAACGAAUAAAUCUCAGGUUGAACAAUCUGUGUUUCUUUUUGUGUUUUGCGGCAGGGUUCCACGAGAAAGAUGGCGUUCAGUACUGCGCAGAUGAUUAUUUCCGUCUUUUUGGCGCUGUGUGUGCCGGCUGCACCGAGCCGGUGAUGGAGAGCUACAUAUCAGCACUUGGUGGUCUGUGGCAUCCACACUGCUUUGUGUGUAAUGUGAGUGUCACAUCCUAACAUGCUGGCUGUGUGAUUGCUUGACAAAAACAACAUCUGGAGAAUCACAGACAAAUUACCACGGCCACAGACUUGAGAUAUUUCUUGUUAUUCAGAAUGCACUCACUGUAUUUUCAGAUCACAUAAACACCACAGUCAUUCCUUGUGGCGAACAGAGAGAUAUUAUUAAAUAUAAAUGACUACAGGCAGAGGAAUUUAAAUCCAGAGCAGACUAAUAGGAGGGGGUGGGCCGAUAUAGGGGGCAUGUUAUCACCAAUGACACAUUCUCCCAAGGACGGCAUGUCAGUUUGAUGCCCCUCCUGGGCAGCCCCUGCGCAGAGCUCAUGGAGAAAAUGCCAUGUGUUUGUUUAGGGCAGCACAGGCGAAUGUAUUGACAUGCUUGUUGUGCAUUUGCUGGUGAAUUGUCUCUGGUGUCCCCAUAAGUGGAAUAACAGAGAACAAAAGAAGGAUAGGGCUAGGAGUUGUGUGUGUGAGGCUGCCUGGGUGUUGCAUGCAUUUGGAGGAUUUGUGUGUAGUGGGGGAUUUCGGCUGGUGGCAUUGCAUGUGUGUAUGGGGCUGUUUUCAGUGUAGUGUGUAUGUAUAGUAGCUGUAAUGUGUUUGGGGGAUGCAGACUGUAUGAAAAUAGUGUAUGGAAGUAAGAUAGCUGUAGUGUGUAUGGGGGAUCAGAGCUGUAGUCGGUGGGGGUGAUGGGGCUGUAGUGUGUAGAAGAGAGGUGGCUGUUGUGGGUGGGGGUAAUGGGGGCUGUACUGUAUGGGUGGGGAUGAUGAGAGCCAGUGGCAUAACUGCCAUGGCCUCAGGGGUCACAGCUGCGACUGGGCCUGUCACUCCGGGCGGGGAGGGAAGAUGAGGCAGGCACCUGGUGGCAAGGGAGGCUGAUCUUGCAGUUCCUUACUCCUCCCUCGUGCCCUGUGUGAUAUAUAUAAGACAUCAUUCUGGCCUCGGCAUACUAAACUGCGUGCCGGAGGAGUGAGGACCUGUCACAGCACAGCUCCACACCGGACCCCAGGGAGAGGUAGGCAGGCUGGAUGGUGCUCAAUUAAAUCCAUGUGUGAGAGACUGCAAGAAUGUGUAUGUGCCUGUCAGUGAGAGUAUGUCAGUGUGUGUGUGUCUGUCUGUCAGUGUGUGUGUCUGUCAGUGAGUGUAUGUGUCUUUCAGUGAGUGUGUCUGUCAGUGAGUGUGUGUCUUUCAGAGUGUGUGUGUCUUUCAGAGUGUGUGUGUGUCUGUCAGUGAGUGUCUGUGUGUAUCUGUCAGUGUGUGUGUGUCUGUCAGUAUAGCGGACUCGGGGUAACCCAAAUGGUUACCUCCACUAUUUUCCCUCUCAGCCAGACUGGAACCUUGUGUGAUUAUGCUCGUAUCCCCCCCAGUAACUAGACGAGGCAUAGUUCUGGGAGUCAUCUGGUUUAUUCAGGCACAAAUGCUCAAUUUAUACACAGACUCCCAGCAUGGAGUCUCCAUACAAGAGUAUAGCAAGCCACUCCCUGGCGUCCCUGUGUUUGGGAGAUAAUUGAGUCAAACAACUGUAACUCAAUUAUCUCUCAGUUACAGGGAAACAUACAAAAUAUGUAUACAAUCCCCCAAAAGUAUCCACAGGAACCCCACAAGUAUCCCGGAUAGCCCAGAUCCGAGCACCCAAGUUGUCCAAAUAUUGCUCAGAUCCGUUUGGCCACCGGGGUAAAUUUCUGACCGGCCGGCCAAGAGGUUGAAGCCCAAAAUAGUUUCAUAGAAAGUAGGGCAAUGGCUGGUCUCCGAUCAGGGUUUCCUGUGCGAUCAUUAUUUCAAGAUAGUGACUUGCUUCUAGGGAGCGACCCCUGGUUGAUAGUCUCUUUCUCCAGAAAAGCGCUCUCCUAGCUGGUUGGGGCACGGAGCAAGUAGCAGUAGAAUUUCUCCAAAGUUCACGAGGUCGUCAAUCCAAAAAGGGUUCCAGGUGUUCAGGAGAGAAAAUGGCCACCAGUCCUUCGACCAAGUGCGUUUGGUUAUGUGAAAUUCCACCCAGGGGAAGCACUACUUAAUAGUUUAUUUUGGAGAGACACAUGGAGGGGUUCGGGGAGGUAGGAGAAACACAUGGAGGGGUUGGGCAGGUGGGAGAGAUGCAUGGGGGGGCCCAAGGGCAAUUUUCACACAGGGGCCUGUUUUUUUCUAGUUACGUCUCUGAUGAGAGCUGUAGUGUAUGGGGAUAAGGGCUGUAGUGUGUGGAAUGGAGAUAGCUGUAGUGGGUGAGGGUGAUGGGAGAUGUAGUGUCUGGGAUGAUAGGGACUGUAGUAUAUGGAAGGGAGAUGGCUGAUGGUGGCUGUAGUGUAUAGGGGAUAGGCGCUGUAGAUUGUGGAAGGGCUGUAGUGGGUGGUGGUGAUUAGAGCUGUAGUGUCUGGGGGGGAUAGGGGCUAUAGAGUGUGGAAGGGAGGUGACUGUAGUGGAUGGGGGCUGUAGUGUGUGGAAGGGAGGUGGCUGUAGUGGGUGGUGGUGAUUAGAGCUGUUGUGUCUGGGGGAUAUGGGUUUUAGUGUGUAUCGAGAGGGAGGAGGCUGUAGUAGGUGGCGGUAAUGGGGCUAAAGAUUGAGUGUACAGUGGCUAUAGUGUCUUAUUUCUCUAUAUUUAUUAAAACCAAUUUUUGUUUUUAAAGGACAAAUCUUCUUUCUCAAUAUGUCUGCCAUAUUCUCUCAUAAGACUCCUUUCUACUCCAACUUUUUUUUAUUUUUAAUAUCUGUUUCCGUGUCUCUCCUACCCUCUUUUGUUUGCCUUAAACAGCCUUGAACUAUGUGGGUUUGUGCAAAGACAGGCGGCUUGUAAAAUCACUGUUCUACAUGCCUGCACUGGCCAAUGUGAUAUUGGCAUUGUGGACACCAGGAUCUGGGUUUGGCUAGAUUGCCAGACUUUGAUGUGUGUAUGGUGUCCCUGGUGGUGUUUGCCAGUGACCGCAGGGUUGAAUGAGGCAGUGAUCACAACAUUCAUAACAUAAACGGCUUUUAUUGGUAAAUAACAAGUUCCCUUCACAACACCUGUCUGUCAGGGGCCUCUCCAGACAUGGAGUGCAUGGAAAUCAGAGCCCCAAAAUCCUCUUCUCCAACUUAGAACCCAGACAAACCAUACAUCCCAGGAUAACUCACCACCUCAGUUACCCACUGUCCAAAUAGCGCUCUGAUUCCACAUACGGUGUCCAAUAGCGACCCAGUUAACGUUCCGAAGCGAUGUAUAGUUCCAUGGGGCCAUAGUCUGUGGGAUGGAGACUGGCAUCUAAGUCUCUCUACGAGUCCCAAGUACGGAGGAAUCCAUUACAAGGAGAGGAGACUAUGGAGGCAGGAAGAGGAGAAUAUGGAACCAGAGAUAGAGGACUAUGGGUGCAUGGAGAGGGGACUUUUGUAGGAAAGGAGAGGGGACUACAAAGCCAGAGACAGAGAGAGAGGACUAUGGAGGCAGAAAGAGGGGACUAUGGAGGAAGGAAGAGGCAAGGAAAGGGGGCUAUAGAGGAUACUAUGGAGGCAGAAGAGGGGACUAUGGAGGCAAGGAGAGGGGACUAUGUAAACAGAGAGAGAGGACUAUGUAGUCAAGUAGAGGGGACUAUAGAGCCAGGGGACUAAGGUUCUGUCCUUGGCUCCCUACUGUUCUCAAUCUACACUGCCUCCCUUGGUAAACUCAUCAGCUCCUUUGGCUUCCAAUAUCAUUUCUAUGCUCCUGUGGCUUCCAAUACCAUUUCGAUGACAUGCAAACCUACCUGUCCUCUCCUGAUCUCUUUCCGCCCAUCUUGACUCGUGUCUCUGACUGCCUCUCUGCUAUUUCCAACUGGAUCGUUGCUCACUUCCUUAAACUCAACCUGUCCAAAACAAUACCUCUGGUCUUUCCUCCCUCAAGGGUUGCUACUCCUGUGUCUGUCUCCCUCUGUCAGGAUUAAAGUUGAUCCAGCACGUAGAAUUGUAUCACACCUAGGACUAAAGGUAACGUCUUACCGGGCCUUAGAAUGGCCGGACUUAACAUACCAAAGAAUAGUCAGAAUACUUGCCGAGGUCAGGGAUACAGAAAGAGACACAACGAUGAGGGAAAGCCAAAAGUCAGGGAUACCAGAAUACAGGGAAGUCAAACGAAGCCAAAGUCAUAUACCAGAAAUAAAUGCUCAGGAACCCACUCUCGGACAACCACUAAGGGAAACCAGGACUGGGCAAUGAGCAGAAGGAAUAGGUAAGCUUAAAUACCUCUCUUGUGGAUCCGAUUGGCUGUAACCGGCCUUUGACCCCAGAAUGUGUGUGUGCAUCCUUUAUGUGACGUCACGCACACGUCGAUGUCAUCCAUGCCGUGGGCAGACAUGGGGUUACAAAUUGGUGUAGAUCCGCAGCAUCCAGCAUCCAUCAACAUGCUGCAGGGGUCAGACAUAUUGACACAUGGCCCCUGAACGGUCCCACCCUACUUGCCGGCAAGGCAAUCACUAGCAAUGUCGCAAGGUGAGGAUGAAUAUGUUACACCCUCCAAGUCAACGGCGCUACCAUCACCGCUACCUCACAAGCUCACUGCCUUGAUGUUCUCUUUGACUCCACCCUUUUCUUUCAACCCUCAUGUCCAGUCGAUCACCAAAUCCUGCCGCAUCCAUCUCAAAAACAUUUAACCACAGAUGCGGCUAAGAUGUUGGUCCAUGCCAUUGUCCUCUGUACUGCAAUCCACUUCACAGUAGUCUUAUGUGUUAACAACUUGCCCUGUUACAGUCUGUAAUGAAUGCAGCUCACCUGUCCUCCUGCACAAUGCUGUGUGGAGCGUUGCCAUGGUAACACAUGGCAACGCUCCACACAGAUUGCUCGCGGGAGGACAGAGAGCUGCUUCACAGAUCUCUCCCCCUGCCUCCGGGUCCUCCCGACACGGAAGCAGACUAGAUGUCUGCCGUUUUGGGCAGGCAGGUGCCUACUCUGCAUUGUUACCAACAGCCAGCGGCCUCCACCCCCAGCGACCUAUGGCCGCGUGCCCACAGAGAGGGCACGGCAUGCCACCUGUGGCGCACGUGCCAUAGGUUCGCCAUCACUGCCCUAAAUUGUAGUGAAUUAGGGUGAACAACACACAAGAAGAUGGGUAUAGGAUGGUCUGGUAUGCCUAUUGCAACACCCAGAGGUGAGGGAGUCCGACUUGUAGCAAAAUGUCUCAAACUGGAUAUGUGCAGGAGUUUCACCAAAUGCUCCGCCUCAAAAUAGAAUAAAAGUAGCUUGGUAUGCUCCUAAAGUUAGGUGCAGUAAAAUCCAGGAGUCAAUUCACUUAAAAAGGCUUUUCUAUAUUAACAAAAUAAUUAGGAGAGAUACACAGAUAAUAUGUAUGGGGUGUAUAUCUUUAAAUCUGCUAUAAGCAGAAUCAAGUUAUUACACCAAAUAGUUCUACUUGAAAGUAUUACAGUAUACAUCUUGAAAUUUCAAGUAGAACUAUUUGGUGUGUAAUAACUUGAUUCUGCUUAAAGCAGAUUUAAAGAUAUACACCCCACACAUAUUAUCUGUGUAUCUCUCCUAAUUAUUUUGUUAAUAUAGAAAAGCCUUUUUAAGUGAAUUGACUCCUGGAUUUUACUGCACCUAACUUUAGGAGCAUACCAAGCUACUUUUAACACACAAGAAGAAUUUGGGAGUUGUUAUAGACAACAAAUUAGGCAGCAAUACGCAAUGUCAAUCUGCAGUGUCUAAGGCCAGUAAGGUUUUGUCAUGUAUAAAUAGGGGCAUACAUUCUUGGGAUGAAAAUAUAAUUUUGCCUCUUUAUAAAUCGCUGGUAAGACCGCACCUUGAAUAUCCUCUGCAAUUUUAGGCACCUGUUCUAAAGAAGGAUAUCAUGGCAUCUAAAAAAGUGCAAAGACGAGCUACAAAUUUUUUAAAAGGAAUGGAGCAUUUUAGUUACGAAGAAAGGUUAAAAAAUUUAAAUCUCUUUAGUUUGUAAAAACGGCGCCUGAGAGGGGAUAUGAUAACAUUAUACAAAUAUAUUCGGGGCCAGUACAAACCUUUAUCUGGAAAUCUAUUCAUAUACAGGGUUAUACAUAGGACACAAGGUCAUGCAUUUGGGCUAGACGAAAGGAGAGUUCAUCUAAGGCAAAGAUUUUUUUUGUUUUUUUUACAGUAAGAGCAAUAAGGAUAUGGUAUUCUCUGCCUGAAGAGGUGGUUUUGUCAGAGUCCAUUCGAUGUUUAAACUGCAAUUGGAUAAAUACUUACAAAAACAUAACAUACAGGAAUAUCAUUUCUAAUUAGUGGGGUAAUAGCUGCUUGAUCCAAUUAGACAUCUGACUGCUAUUUUGGGGUCAAGAAGGAAUUGUUUCCUAGUUUGUUGCAAAAUUGGAAGUGCUUCAGACUGGGUUUUUUGCCUUUUUUUGGAUCAACAUCAAAAACAUAUGUGAGGAAGGUUGAACUUGAUGGACACAAGUCUCUUUUCAGCUAUGUAACUAUGUAAUAUCUGUGUGUAACUAUGUGUCAUUGUGUGUGUCUGUGUGUCUGCAUGUGUAUUGGUGUGUCAGUGUGUGUAUCUUUGUGUGUCUGUGAAUAAGUAUGUGCGGAAUUGUAUACAUUAUAUACAAAUGCCUACAUUCCUUCCUUCAAACACCAACAUUCACACACAUACGCCAUACAAAAACAUGCUUACAUUCAAACACAAAUAGUGUGUAUGUGUAUAAAUAUAUAUAUACACAUACAAACACACACACACACACACACUGCAUCCAUUACACAUGUACUAAUACACACCAUGUCCACUUUACACACGUUGCAUCCAAUACACAAACACACCCUGUGUCCACUUUACACACACUGCAGACUUGGAGGCAGACCGUUUGGGAGGGCUGGGAGGCUGGCCUUGUGGGCAGGUUUGGAGGCGGGCCCCCAGGGGCCCAGACUUGGGCUGUGUUAGGGGCCCCAAAAUCUCUGGUGGCGGCCUUGUCCCUAAUACACAAAUAUGUCCUAUCUAGGCUCCAACACUCUGCCAAAGAUCUAUAUCUAGCCUCUGUCCAUACUCCUACCUCUGAUGCUCACCUUAAAGACUUCUCUAGGGCUGCACCGUUCCUAUGGAAUUCCCUUCCCCUCUCUGUUAGAUGCUCACCCAAUCUCCACUCCUUCAUAAAAUCAUUGAAAGCUCACCUUUUUAGGAAAGUGUAUCAAUUAAACGGUUAAACGGUUAACAGCUUUCCCUCCUUGCACCCUGAGCGAAUACUAUUCUAACAACCUACUUUUCCACCCUACCCUUACCUUGUAUCACUAUACCCCACUCCCUCUAACAUGUACUCUCAGGGCCCUCAACCCCUUUGUUUCUGUGUGUCCAACUCAUCUGAUUUUAAAUAAGUGUCUGUUAGUACACCCAUUGUAAUUGUACAUCGCUGCUAAAUUUGUUGUCGCUUUAUAAAUAAUAAUAAGGAUACAUGGAGAGGGGACUGUAGAGCCAGGGAUAGGAAACUAUGAAGGCAAUGUUUUUUUUUUUAUUAAUAUCAUAGAUUGUGGUUUUUUUUUUCUAGGUUUGUCACACGCCAUUCAUCAAUGGAAGUUUCUUUGAAAAUGACGGCCUUCCUCUGUGUGAAACGCAUUAUCACUCCUGCCGAGGCUCGCUGUGUGCAGGAUGUGACCAGCCAAUAACAGGUCGUUGUGUAACUGCAAUGGGCAAGAAGUUUCACCCUCAGCACCUUAACUGCACCUUCUGUCUCCGACAGCUGAACAAAGGGACCUUCCGGGAGCAUGACAGCAAGCCAUACUGCCAAGCUUGCUAUGCUCGACUUUAUGGGUAGAAAUGUGAUUUUGCAGUGUGGUACCGGAGUCCUAAUGAAAUGGAGCCUCUGCUUGCCAGUCAGUAUGUGAAGAUGCUGAGACUGGUAGAACGGUCAUCUAACAUCAUGAAUGGCAUGUGGACCGUGGCUAUAUCACGAGAUAAUGUUAGAACCAAUACCUUCCUGAUAUGGGAAUUAGCUUGCAACUUAGCAGUCUGCUGGCUUUUAGGAUGGACCAGAAGGGCCAUGUGAACAAAGGGUGAUUUAGCGCCAAGGUCCUAUAAUUGGAACAAUCAACGUGACAGAAUGUUCCUUAGGCUUCCAUGCUGAUUGUUCCAAUUUAAAAGUUUUUUCCCUUCAUAAAUACAGCCAUAAUGUUUAUGAGACUUUCAUGCUUUGGUAACAUUCUAAGGAAUAAAAACAGGGACAGCUUUUAUUUACAUGGAAAUGUGGGUUAUUUGAUGUAGAUAGGCAGCUCCGUGUCUUUAUAUGACCAAUUGCUCUGCAGUCUAUAUGCUGACUGUGUUACAAUACAGCACAAUGCCCUGUGGGUAAACACACUAUCUGUCAGAUUGUAAGGGGAUCCAGUAAACUCUCUGUGUGACAGUACAGCACAAUGCCCUGUAGGGGGAGCCAGCACAUGCUCUAUCGGACUGCAGGGCACAAUUCCUGGUAGGGGAAUCUGGUUUUAUCUCUGUCACAGUAUGAUACAAUGCUCUCAACUACCACUGGAAAAUCUAGGAUAUGCUCUGUACAAUAUGUGAUCUCUAGGCAAAGCUUGCACAUGCUCUGUGUGACUAUAAGCCAAGCAAUCUGCAGAAGGAGCCGGUAGUGACUGAAUGGACAGUGGUCUAUAUAGGGAGCUGAUAGAAGCCAGCGUGGUCAGUGAUCUGUAUGGGGUUCCAGUGUAUGCCUUUGUGACUAUUUGGUCAAUUGUCUGUACGUAUUGCUGGUACAUGACUAUGUGACUGUAUUGUCAGUGGUUUGUAGGGGGAGCUGGUACAUGUCUGUGUGGCUGUGUGGUCAGUGGUAGAUGCCUGUGUGGGUGUAUUGUUAGUGGUCUGUAGAGGGAGCCAGUACAUGCCUAUGGGGCUGUGUGAUCAGUGAUCUCUAUAGGGAGCCUGUAAAUGACUGUGUGACUAUAUUGUAAGAGGUCUGUAGGGAGAGCCGGUAUAUGCCUUUGUGGCUGUAUUGUCAGUGGUCUGUAGGGGGAGCCAUUAGAUGACUGUGUGGCUGUGUAAUGAGUGAUCUCUUUAGGGAGCCGGUAAGUGACUGUGUGGUUAUAGUAAACAGCAAAUUUUUUAAUGUUUGUUUAAAAAAAUAUAUGCUCAUUAACAUUUCCCAUGUCCCUCACAAUGAAUAAAAUAAAUGGUACACAUCUUCUGUGUUUCUAUAUAUUCUUUAGACAUUAAGGACAUUCUUCAAUGGAAGCGAAUUAGGGAUAACAGCACACGAAAAG